GCACGUGAUAUGUUAGGCUGAAGGCGGUUGGACAUGUGGCAUGCAAUACUUGAAUACUUGCGAAGAGCAGGUUUUGUAGUUGAAUCACCUGCUGGAAUCAUAUCCUUGGAUCAUCAUGAUCAUCUCGUGUUCCACUGACGUUAGUCAAACCUACACAAGAAACAUCGUUCAUAAGCGGCAAAGGCAGGUAAAAUAACACCAUAGGUACAUGACGGAGCGAACAUGAAACCGACUUGCAUGCUUUGUUUAAGAGUCUAGAGGUAGAAGAGGGAAGAUGCUACCCAGUUCGGCAUAAAUGUAUGUGACCAUGGUAUAUACUUGUAUAUACUUCUGUUUUCAUGGUUCUGGAAUAGACAACGAAGAAUAUAUAUCAGUAAAUAGCGUCAGUAAGAAGGUAGUCGUAUAUUGGUCUUUCCGAGGUCGCGGGUCGCGCGAAAAACUAGUAACAAAUAGAAAGCGCGCUGAAUCAUGGGGCUUUUUUGUUUAACAGGUUUUAGUUUUUGAAUCUAGUCACAUUUACUUCGGUUAUCAUUCUGUUUUUCAAGAGAGUUUGCUCAACCCACGUUUCGCUUUAUUGAAAAAAUGGUGCCCAUAAGACAGCCCUUAUGAUUCAGCGCGCGUCCUAAUCGUUAUCAGUUUUUCUCGCAAUUUCAGAACGUGAAAUGGUAUUCAGGUUGUUUGUUUUACGAUGCAGAAGAAAGGCCAUCUGAAAUAUGACUAAACAACAGCAAUGUUAGAUUUCAGUUUCUUUUGUUAUAUCGCUAACACUGAUAAAACAAAGACUGUGUACAGUUGUUAUAAAUAGCCAACAAACACUGGAGCAAGAUAGUGUGUUUGUGGCGCUGAACUUCUGGAGGAAGAGCAAUGAUGAUGGUACUCUUUUGGUUAGCGGUUCUUCUUGUCCUACAGCCAUCUCUAGGCAGCAACGAGGGCGAUGAAAAUGCUCUGAAAUUUUUGCACAAGUUUGGUUACCUUUCUAUGCCUCGUUCUGGCAACUAAAAUGUGAACAAAGCCCUAAAAAUGUACCAGGAAUUUAUGGGAUUACCAGUCACUGGUUUCCUGGAUAAGGCAACACAAGAAGAAAUGAAGAAGCCUCGGUGUGGACUACCAGAUAUUGUAGAUGGUAGUACACGCCUACGUAGGUAUUCCACUUACGGCAAAUGGUGGAGAACCGACCUAAAGUACUAUAUUCAGUUUGGUAAGGACUUGUAUGAGGAAGAUCAAGCCAGGAUCUUUGCUGAAUCAUUCAAUAGAUGGUCGAAAGUGGCACCAAGGUUGAAGUUCACGAGAACGAUGGAUCCUAAGAAUGCAGACUUCAAAAUAAGUUUUGGAUACAAUGAGCACUUUGGCGUGCCUGGCGAAAAGAAGUGCAGCUCAAAGUUUGAUGGUUGGAACGGAGUUCUUGCGCAUGCGUACAUGCCUUCGGAUGGACGAAUUCACUUUGACGAGAAAGAAUGGUGGUCAGCCUAUGAGAACCACGGGCUGUUCAAGCAGCCUUUACCUCAAGUUGCAACGCAUGAAAUCGGUCAUGCACUUGGUUUACGGCAUUCUAAGGUCAAGGGUUCGAUAAUGUGGCCGUCUUGCUGUGAAUCGACGGCUACACUUCAUCAAGAUGAUAUCGAUGGGAUCAGGAAACUGYAUGGUUAACAAGUUUAUCUACCAAGAAGUAUACACAUGAGUGCGUCAACAUUAAACAAGAUCAGCUAAUGCACCAUGUAACACAGGAAAAAUCAGUAUUGAGUGAUUCAAUAAAACCAAGAGGUUUCAUUGCUUUA